GGGAAAUGCAUCACCUAAAUUUUGGCCGGCAGAACCGUUGUUGACGUUCCCCCAAGCUCAAUCGCACCCCGAACUAGGUUCCGCAUCGGGGUGGUUAUCAUGAUAUUAAUGAGUUUCCUGUUUCUAGCUACCUUGCUUGGAUCCUAGCCUGGAAGUUCCCCCACACCGGCAACCCCUGAAUCUUCGAUGAUAUGAAAAGCUCGACGAGCCCAGCAGGCGUCGGCAGCCUGUCUGUGGAUCCGCCUCAGCCGCACAACGCCGGAUUCUCGUUAUCGCUGCGUUAUUAUGAGCUGAGCGACGCUAUCACGUCGCACGGAGAGUUUGCUAGUGUCCGCAUGAUUUACAGGCGUAGCUCAUUGACGAAUUUCCCGCUCUGAUCAUUAAUUAAUAUAUCAAUGCGGUGCAACUUUAGCGCGUGAUAAGAACAUCCCCACAUCCGCGGAUUUCACGUCUAUUUUGGCUACCCUGAUAUAUUCUCAAUUUCAUCUCUUAUUUGGAAUCCGUCCAUUCCUUUUUUCAUUUUAUUUCAUUUCUUUUUCAUUCUGUCCAUAAUUGCCUCAAAGCUUGUCACCACGGGUCAUUACGCUGAGAUCGCAAUGUUUCUUCCAACUUUUGUGUAUAGGGUUUUGCAGUUACUUUCUCUAUCCCUUUCUACGGCCGCUUCACUAGCUGUCGACAAGGUCCCAGGUAGCCUUUGUUUUCAUUUUAUCCUAUCUCCAAUUCCGUAUCAAUUGGUUGGCUACUAAAUCAUAAUACUGUAGCCCGCUGCUGUCAUUUUCCAUCUUUAAUUGAUGCAACUUCAAAUCAGCUACAGGCAGGACUGUCAAAAGGAUGCUUUACCAGCGUUGAUUUAGUUAAUGUUUGUGAACCAUGUAUACGUUCCAUUCAAUUUACCUGCAGAGUUAUGAAUGCCGCUAAGAGCGGAACUUUGGAGGGUAGGCCUAUAUCGGAAGGAUCGCGGAUGUGAACUCGACACUACAGGUUGUGGCCGAGUUGAACCCUGACGCGAUUGCCAUUGCACGACGUCUGGAUGUGGAACGGAAGCACGGGAAGCUUCGCGGACCACUACAUGGGCUACCCGUUCUCAUUAAGGGCAAUAUCGGCGUCGCGGACAAGAUGAAUACCACCUCUGGUUCUUAUGCUCUUUUGGGAGCAGAACUUCCCGAAGACUCUACAGUGGUCGUAAAGUUGAGGGAAGCUGGUGUAAUCAUCUUAGGAAUGGCAGGUUUAAGUGAAUGGGCCAAUUUCCGCUCAUUCAAUUCUAGCAAUGGCUGGAGCGCUUAUGGCGGCCAAGUGACUGGAGCUUAUGUCCCGAAACAAGAUCCCAGUGGCAGCUCGAGCGGGAGCGGCGUGGCAUCAGAUUUAGGCUUAAGCUUUGCUACUCUUGGAACAGAGACAAGCGGCAGCAUUGUUAGCCCUAGUGGACAAAACAACAUUGCCGGUAUCAAGCCAACUGUUGGGCUCACAUCCCGCUAUCUUGUGGUUCCCAUCAGCCAGCAUAUGGACACCAUCGGGCCCAUGGCUAGAACCGUUAAGGACGCCGCCAAGCUCCUCCAAGUGAUUGCUGGCCCGGAUUUAAACGACAACUACACAUCCGCUUUCCCCUUUGAUCAUGUCCCUAAUUACGUAGCAGCCUGCCAACGUUCGUCGCUCAAAGGGAAGCGGAUCGGACUCCCAACAAACGUACUCGAGCAGGUUGCUCCUGAAAUCCUUGACAACUUUAACGCUGCUGUCAAAGUGAUGACUGAUUCGGGGGCCAUCAUCGUUAAGGAUGCCAACUACUCUGCCCUCGAAGAAUCCAAUACUAGCCCUUUACCAGGGGAAGUUAUCUCCGCAGACUUCGUAAAUGACAUUGCUAACUAUUUCUCCAAACUCCAAACCAAUCCAAACAAUAUCAAUACGCUCUCCGACCUGCGCGACUUCACCCAGGCAUUCCCGCUCGAAGCCUAUCCAGACCGCAAUACAGGCUCCUGGGACGGCGCUCUCGCGCUCGGCUACAACAACACUUCCCCCGAAUUCUGGCCAAAAUAUCAAAAUGCUCUGCAGCUAGCUGGGGAAGGCGGCGUACUCGGUGCUCUGCGCAGAAACAAGCUUGACGCUAUCGUCUUACCAAGUAGCCUCGCCUCGAUCGGACCUGGCAUUCUCGGUUCGCCCAUUGUGACUGUGCCUAUGGGUGCCUGGCCAGUGGGCACAGAAGUGGUGACUACCCCUAGAGAUCUUGUGCUCUGGGCCCCUGGGGUACCGAUGGGACUAAGCUUCCUAGGCGAUUUUUGGAGCGAAGAAGCGUUGAUUGGGAUGGCCUAUGCGUAUGAGCAAAAGAGUCUUAAGAGGAAGACAUUGAGCAGGUAUAUUGAACCAAAGACGGAAUUGAAGGAUGUCGUCUGAGGAUCCAUGUCGACAGCCCUGUAUAUUCCCUCGCUGGCUUUAUAUAUGGCAUUGUGUACUACCGUUUCCCUAUGAGAGAACGAAGGUUGUCCUAAUAGUUUUUGUGGGUUUCAAGUGGAAGUGACACCGGCAAUUUUGCUAUCUUCUAUAAAUUAUUCACUGUACUAAAAGUUAAUAAUCAACUUUGAGAGUGGGGAAUAUAACUUUGCAAAUGCACCAAGAACGGAAACGCCUCCUUAUCCAAAGUAACAAUUCUAGCAUUCGUAGGCCUAGGACACAAAAUAGUAACUACUAGCCAUACUGCUGCCCCUGCAAGCAGCGACCAAAAAUACCAUUGAAGAA